UUCCCUGACUGUGUCUGCUACGUGAGUGGUAGAGCAAGAGUGAGAGAGAGCAUGAGAGAGAAAGAGAAGGAGGUGGGGGUGCAAGUGAGGGCUGAAGAGACUGAGAAUGGAUGGGCAACGAGAAAUCGUGCGAGCGAGAGAGAAAGAGUGAGCGUGUGUGUGCUCAGAGUCUGCAGCGAAGACACAGAAAGUCUACAAGCUCACAUCAACAAGAGAGUGUGUGAGGAAGAGCUGACCAACAGCAACUCUGAAGAGUGACACAGAGAGGAAGGAGACACAGAGAGGAACAGAGAAGAAGACUCAGCAGAAGAAGAGAAGGACUGAAGACAGACUACCAGCCUUCCUCUGGUAAAAGGAGACACUACUGAGGGACUGUAGCAUCCGUCCCCUCCAGCAGCACAGAGGAGCACUGUCUCGUCUCGUGCAUGUGUUUGUGCCUGCCAACUUCAAUUUCACACUCGCCCACUGUUUUCCGUAGGUUUUGCCCUCUCCAUUCCCCAGUCAUGAUCCCUUGGGUCCUUCUGCUCCUGUGGAUCUCCGGGCAUGGGGUGGAGGCCAUGUUUUCCCAGCAGCCACAGGACCUAGUGGUGGUGGCGGGCCAGCCUGUGACGUUACCAUGCACUAUCCCUGGUUACCAUGGCGUUGUCCUGUGGAUCAAAGAUGGCCUGGCGCUGGGAGUUGGCAGAGACCUCGCUGGUUAUCCUCGUUACACAGUGAUUGGUGACCAUGGUUCAGGAGAGCAUCAUUUGCGAAUCCAGCGUGUCGAGCUGAUGGAUGAUGCUGUGUUUGAGUGCCAGGCUGUCCAAGCCGCCAUGAGGUCCCGUCCUGCCCGUCUCACUGUGCUGGUUCCCCCAGAGGACCCAGUCAUCAGUGGAGGGCCAGUAGUGAGUCUUAGGGCUGGUGACCCACUCAAUCUGACCUGUCAUGCUGACAAUGCCAAGCCAGCAGCCUCAAUCAUCUGGAUCCGCAAUGGAGAAGUCCUUAAUGGGGCCAUGUACUCCAAGACCUUGCUCCGGGAUGGCAGGAGAGAAAGCACUGUGAGCACCCUCUACCUAUCACCUUCCAACAUUGAGACAGGUCAGCAGAUCAUCUGUAAGGCCUCCAACAAGGCCAUCCCCAAUGGCAAGGAGACCAGUGUCACAAUUGACAUCCAGCAUCUCCCACUUGUCAAUCUCUCAGUGGAGCCUCAGCCUGUUCUUGAGGGCAACCUUGUGAAAUUCCACUGCUCUGCAAAGGCCAAUCCUCCAGUCACGCUCUACAGGUGGGCCAAAGGAGGAAGUAUAAUCAAGGAGGUUUCUGGGGACACAUAUGAGGUUAUUGUGGACCACUCCUACUUUACAGAACCUGUUUCCUGCGAGGUUACCAACCCACUUGGCAGCACCAACAUCAGCCGCAAUGUUGAUGUAUACUUUGGUCCUCGCAUGGCAGCGGAGCCUCAAUCCUUGCAGGUGGACCUUGGCUCUGAUGCUGUGUUCAACUGUGCCUGGACAGGAAAUCCCUCUCUUACCAUAGUAUGGAUGAAGAGAGGAUCUGGAGUGGUUCUUAGCAACGAGAACCUCCUGACACUGAAAUCUGUGAGACAAGAGGAUGCUGGGAAAUAUGUUUGCCGUGCGGUGGUCCCUCGUGUAGGAGCAGGGGAGAAGGAGGUCUCGCUCACUGUCAAUGGGCCACCUACCAUUUCCAGUACACAGACUCAGCAAGCUUUACAUGGAGAAAAAGGACAAAUCAAGUGUUUCAUUCGAAGUACACCUCCGCCAGACCGCAUUGCCUGGUCAUGGAAGGAAACUGUUCUGGAGUCUGGAACAUCGGGCCGCUACACUGUGGAGACCGUCACCACAGAAGAAGGAGUGAUCUCCACGCUGACCAUGAGUAACAUCGUUCCAGCUGACUUCCAGACCAUCUACAACUGCACAGCAUGGAACAGCUUUGGAUCUGACACCGAGAUCAUACGCCUUAAGGAACAAGGUGGGAGCCAAGAGUCUCUCCCAGUGGCGGUGAUCAUCGGAAUUGCUGUGGGAGCUUUUGUGGCCCUCAUUGUCCUCAUGGGCACCAUUGGAGCAUUCUGUUGCACCCGCUCCCAGAGAAAGGAAGCGCACCUGGUUAUGCCCUCACUGCCCGUCUCCAUCUGUGCUCACCAGAGAGAACUUGCAAGCAAAAUUAAGACAGAAAAUCUGAAAGGAGUCGUGUCUGCGAAAAAUGACAUCCGGGUGGAGAUUGUACACAAGGACCACAAUGCAGCACGUGAGAAUGAAGAACACACCUCCAUGAAACAGCUGAUGGUGAGUGUUGAACGAGGAGAGUUCCAGCAGGAGUCUGUUCUGAAGCAGCUGGAGGUAUUACAAGAGGAAGAGAAGGAGUAUCAGCACAUUAAGGACCCAACAAAUGGCUACUACAGUGUCAACACCUUUAAGGAGCACCACACGCCUACCAUGGCUGGCAAUCAGUCCACUGAGACAAGGAACCCCACGAACACAGGUACCCUGGGCAAGCAGCGGGUACCAACUGGCAUGUCGUUCACCAACAUCUACUCCACUCUGGGAGCAGGUCCCAAUCGUCUGUAUGACUACAGCCAACGCUUUGUGCUGGGCAUGGGCAGUAGCUCCAUCGAGCUGUGUGAGCGGGAGUUCCAGCGUGGCUCGCUCAGCGACUCCAGCUCUUUUAUUGACACGCAGUGUGACAGCAGCGUCAGCAGCUACAGUAAGCCAGAUGGCUAUGUGCAGUUCGACAAAGACAGCAAAGCGUCUGCCUCUUCCUCCUCCCACUAUUCCCAAUCCUCGUCGCAGAACUCAGAUCUCACCCGGCCACUCCAGAAGCGAAUGCAGACCCAUGUCUGACCACCAAGGAGGGAGGGAGUUUGGAAACAGUCGGGAUUGUAAAACUGUGUGAGAAUCAGCUCCAAGGAGUCCCUUAAAUUACAAUUUUACUGUUUCCUCUGAAUGCCUGGAGAUGCAGGGGCUGACUGGCUUUAACGUACUGUGUAACUUGGUCAGACUUCUCAGUGUCCCAAAAAGUGGAUCAAGAAGCCUUAUAUUUCCCUCAUUUCCCUGCUUAAACCAUCGGCCUCUUUUUUUUAAACCCAUAAUCGGAAUUGUGCCACAGAGAGGUUAUUUGUCAAUACAGUGACAAAAAUUUGGAAUCUGAACAUUCAAUACUGCAUUCUUCAUCGAGAUUAUUAGCAGAGGGCAGGCAUACCACAAAGGCUGUGUGUGACAAUCAGCCCUGGCAAAGACCAUUUUUGCCUUUUGAAGAUUGUCAUUGAUAAAAACCCAGCACGAAUGGCAUGAUAAUGAGUGUGAGGCAAUGUCCUGCUGCUCUCUUGUAGUUUGAAGCACAAAAAUUAAUGUGCAUGUGGUUUUUAGUUGUUAAAGUGAUAACUCCCUCCCUCACCACCACCUUCCCUUCAAACACUGUAUGUUAAGCUUUCUUGUUAAAGCUGGUCUCCUGUGUAGGUGGAAGAAAACUUUCUCCAUCUCGAACGUUUAAAAGAAAAACUGUUUUUCUCCCCACAGCGGUAUCUGGGCCACAGAGCUGGGCAGAUAAAGAGGGGCUGAGAUCUCAUUUUAAAACCCUGAGUCAUUAUUUUACUGCGACACUCUGCGAUAAAGAAUAUCACUGUACAUAUGUGACUGUAAUUUGUUUUCUACCAUGUAAUUUCUGACUAUUUUUCCUCAUGGAGGACUCUAAAUGAGACAUGAGCGUCUCUUCUUGUCCAUAUCUACUUUGCCUUGAGGGUAUGUUUGAACUGUGUCAAUACAAACUUUGACUAAGUGAAAUGGGCAUACACUAUCAGCUUCUUUUGAUGAUCCUCCGUGCUGUUACCAUAACAAAUCCAGCUCUGAGGCGUGCAGCAGGAAAACACACAAAAGAGUAACACAGGUUGUACUUGUGAGUUUCUCCUGACGCAGAUCAUCAGCCAUAUACUUGAGGGUACCUGUUCGGUGAAAUGUGAACAUAUCUUAGCUGAGCUUCUUAUUGUGUGUGUGUUUUUUUGGUUUUUUUUUGGUUUUUUUUCCCCAUUGCUAUUGCCAAUAUUAGUGUUGACACUGGAGCUUCGAACAUCCUGACUGCAUACUUACCUGUGAUUGUGCUGGUCAUCAUGGGACAUGACAAGCAAAUUUAGAAAAAUCUUUAUUUUGCUGUCUGCUGUUCAUUUUUGGCUACUGUGGAGCGGUUGACAGCGCACUCGAAUCUUUUCAAGCACGUUGUUUUAUUUUCUUGUAUUCAACACUGUAUGUGACAUAUAUGAAACUGGAUUUAUUAUUUAAUCGCUGACACUAUAUUUGUUUUAGUUGAGACUCGAGGGGUUAGUGAUCUAACUUGCAGCUACACAGACACUACUACCUUACGUAAAAUUUCAAAGUGAGCCUUGUUGUCGAGAGUGUUGUAGUCAUGCGUUGUGCAUUUUCUGUGACAGAACACAAAAUAAUAACUGGGGAGGUCAGCUGUUUUUGCAACACCGAACACUGCAGAUUUGUGUAUAGUGCAGAUACUGUAAUGCAGUUGGACAAACAUAUAUUUUCUCUUUAUUGUAAACACGCAGCACACUUUUCCAGUUAAUUUUGAACCACUGAGUGAGAUGCAAACCCAACAAAAUCUGUGAUCAAAACUCGUUUGCUGUCUUCUUAAGCUGUGUUAUAGCAGCCUUUUAUUGAUUGAAGAGCAACCUUCAACAUGGAUCAUUUCUGUAAGUCACAGUUACAACAUUUAUUACAUCACAUUUGAUUUUAGCCAUCCAAAUCCUCAUAUGUCUAUUGACUUACAUGGCCUGUUCCUGCCAUAUAAAAUAUUAUUUGAUCAGUUCUUUUAAGGGCAAAUAGGAGUUCCGGGAAAAUAACAACAGACCACUGUAAAAUAAUCCUAAAACAGUGGCUUGCAAUGUCAGUGUUUGUCAAAUCAAACAAAAACUAAGAAAGUACAUUAAGUUACAAUAUCUUAUCUAAUUGUGUUGUGUCCUCCAUAGUGAAGCAACCAACUGGGAUGAAGUCCGCCUGGAACAUUGAAAUCUGUUUCUAAACCCAUGCAAAGCCAAGCAUGGCGUUUUUAACAAAAGCAAGUUGUUGUUGUAAGCACUUUACAUAUGAUUAUAUUCAAAGCAUUUGAAUGGGGUUUUCCACUUGAGUGGCAGUGGUUUGGACUCUAAUUUUACAAAUGGAUUGGUGCCCAUUGUACAGUUUAAGACAAAAAGCUCUGUUUCAACGCUGAUAAUCCAGCUUGGCACUUAACAGACUGUAUAUAAAUCUCUAAUGCUGUCUUUCUGUGUAUAUAAUUUCUCCUGGAUUUCCUUUCUUUCUCAGUCAGAUUUCAUUAUGUUAGAGCUCAACAAAUCCACAUGGCAUCAAAACUGCACGACAGACAAUCAUCUUUUCUUUGUUUCCUUUUCAAAAAUUUCAUCAACCUUACUUGUUUCUCACAAAUUACAUGAAAGGCUUGUGUGAGCAGUUUCUCUUCCCCCAGAUCUCAUGGGGAAAACUCUGUACACCAAGCACAUGGGGGGCUAUAGGAUGAGAAGCUGAGCUUUGCUGCUACAGCUUUGAAGUGAGAUGCAGUAAGAGGUUAUUAUACCUUCAGCCCUUCUGAGGGAUGCCCAGCAAUAUAUUGAAUUUGGCACCAUGAUGACUGUCAAGUAAGUCUGUGCCAAUUUUUAUUCAUUUCUCUCAACAUUUAUGAGUUUAGGAUUAAAUUCUUACCUUGAUAUCAGCAGCAGUAAAUUGCAGUGUGAUCUAGUUUGCAAGUGGACAAGAUUCGUUUUUCAUUUACAUUAUUAUUUGCAUAUAUUAUGCAUCAUUUUACAUCCACAGCAUCAGAAUUGUUCACCGUUGAAAACUUGUCAUAACGCAGACAUGCAGCAUCUCUCCACCUAAAAACAACAUAAAUUGACUUUCCUGUCCAAAGGGCCCAGUUUUACUUAUCUAAUUCAGGUCUCGCACUGAUCCAAACGUAAUGCAUUUUCCCAGUCCAGAGAAUCUGCACACUGCACAGCAAACAGAUAAAUAUUUGAUAGGCCAGCCUUCUGUCCCAUCCCCCAUGGCAGCAACCACAGUGGGCAUGAGAGCAGCACAGAAUGUGAGUGCCAUGUCAGUCUCUGGGAAUCAAAGCCCAUGUGGGGGACAAAGUGUGCCCUGUUCACCUGCGGACGCCUCUCCGGCUGGUGCUGGCGGCGCCUGUUUGCCUGGCUACGAGCACGGCACAGAUGCCAGGCCAUAACAGAUGAAUAAACACAAAGACCCAGAACAAUUACAAGGGGUUGCUGCCCUUUCCCUCAUGAAACAAAGCAACCCUUUCAUAGCGGAGGAUGCAGGGCAGUCUAUUAUUCAGAGAUGCUAAAAACUAGCCUUUGGUACACUCAACAUUCUCUAAGGUGAAAGACAGAGGUUAUGAGCAGUGUGAAGUUAAGACUGGUUGGUAGAUGUUUGUAAUGGUUCCACUGCCCACCGGCUAUGUUAUAUUUGUUUACUGCACAAAACUUUUUGCUUGGUCUGAAUAAAAUGGAAAAGAAAUGGAUAAAAAAUUGCUGAACAUUAGUACUGCCAGUUUCUCGCCUAUGCCUGCAAAGGGUGGUUUACACGAGGCUAUUUGAAGUCUCGCUCAUUGUAUGAUAGGUGUUACUGUCCAUGAUGGAACACAUUAGAGAUGGUGCCCUUUGCAACAUUGAAUUGAUCAUAAAAACCUUUUCUUUACUGUGUAAAUGCUAUCUAUCACUGUUUCUCUCUUUCUCUUUCACUUCUUUUCUACCAAUCAAUACGCUGUUAGUACUUCAAUAACAAACAGCUGUAAGGAAAAAAGGCCUGGACUAAAUAGCAUUUGCAAAUAAUCCGCAGAGUUUGCUUGAGCCUGCAGGGCACACCAGGAGUCAGUGUGCUUUGUUUUUCAGCAUACAAUAUGUACAAUAAGUCACAGACAAUUGAAAGAAUCACAGAAAGACAUUUGAAAGUCAAAUGAAUACGCUUCUCUGCGAUUGGUUGAAUUGUUCUCUACUCUGAAUGAUACAAACUAGUUUGCAAAUAUUGUGUAACCCAGGUCUGAAAAAGUACUUAACUGAGAAGGUCAUUUCAAGAAUUUGUAUAAAUAGUGAUACAUAAGCAUAAUUGUUAUGAAAAAACAACAUGUAAAUUCUACUGGGUAAACCACUAUUUUCAGGCUGUGGCCCUCUGUAUCUAAGAAAAAAAGAAAAAUGGAUGUAUUUUAACUGUACUGGUCUGUGAAUCUAUGAUGCUUUUGCUCUGUAUAUUUGGAGAAUAAAAAUGAUGUUUGAGUUUGUGUUUAUGUUGCACUGCUGUCUGUCAGUGAGAAUGACUAGGGGUCACAUGGGAUG